CACUAACACAUGAAAGAGGCCUUCUUUUGCAUUAUAAGACUAGAGUGCUUAACGCAUCACAUCCAUCUUCAUCACAGCUAUAAUCUUCGUUCCACGGUUAUCAUCACCAUGGCUACCCUUGUUACCUUAUGCAUCUUUAUCAUCGCUUCAUGACUGCAAUUGUUCUCAAUUUUUUGCAAGGAACUUACGCUGAAGAUACUCUGAGGCACAUUGAAGAGAUUGAAGAACGGCAUAGAACCCUCGACAAGAUUAUAACAUUACACCAAGGACUCUGCACAAUUGUUUUUAACACAGUGUCAUCGUACAGUGUCUGGUUUGUGGUGCACUGGCUCAGUUACGGAGUAGGAGUUGUUUUGUCUAUAAUUUACAUAUCCAAAGAAUUACUCUCCACAAGCAAGUAUGGCACUCCUACAAUAAACCUGGUGUACCUUGGCUUAUUCUUUGUAUGCCAUAUCUAUUUAUUCCUCCUUCCUUGUAUUUUCGCUGCAAGAAUCACGAGCAAGUGCAGAGGAGUGUACGAGAAAAUCAACUCCACCACAUCUGACAGAUGGGUCGCGGAUGGCCAUCCGUUCAGGGACCGUCGAAACAUCGCCCUCUUUAUUUCCUAUGCUAAGGACAGUGGCUGUGGAUUCAAAAUCGGUAGAAUUACCUUCAGCACCUCUCUGGCUUGGCUUUCUUUUUUCUUUGGUCUAACUGGCUUGUUGUUUCACUUUUUUUAAGUUUAACAAUUUACGCGCCAACCACUCAAUUCGGUAAAUUUUCGGAGAGCGUUAACAAGUUUGUAAACUUCUUAAAUUAUGUUUUUGUCACAAGGAGAUAGGUCCUCCCUCAUCGUGGAAAUUGAAAUAGAUAUUGCACCAAAGGCCUUAGCUUUAUGAGGUGAAACAUUGUCUCCUCUUUCCCAACUUGUUCUCAUUUUCUGGGAAAAUUUGAGACAGUUCUCACAUAGGGGUUAUUCAUUAUUUUUCAUUUUUAACAACAGCAACAACAACAACGACAAAUUAUUCUUUGAUUUUUUGCAUAAAAUGACAGUGAGAUAGUUUGCCCCGCAAAUAGCUAGAAAGCUAAUCGUGGCGGGGCAAGACAAGUUCUUGAAUAACUUAAAUCGUUUCUUAGUUGAAAUUUAAAAACGAUCUCUGGCAAAUAUGAUUAAAAAAUACGAGCUUUCGACUGCCCGAACUGCAGUC